AUGGUGGCGCAGUUGCCCCCGAGCCACCGACCCUGCUCAGGCCACAGGGAAGCAGAGCAGAACGCCCCCCCCCGGGACCCCGGAGCCCAGCCCGGAGCAGGUGUGAAUGCGCAGCCGGGGAGGGGAUGGCCUCUGGGGACCAGGAGACGGAGCUCUGUGGGAAACCAAACUUCUGGGAGAGAGCAGAGCCGGCCGGGCUUCCAAACAGGGAGGCUCGAGGCUCUGGGAGCCAGCGGGGCCGGAGCCAGCCUGGGGGGGCCAAAGAGCAUUUGUGCCAUUAGACUGGAUCCAGUCGCCCUCGCCCGCUUCUCCCCGGUCUCUUUUCUUCCCUCUGCCUCCCCUGGCCCCGGCCCUCUCGCCACCAGCCCCGCCACAUCUUUCCCUGCCCGGCUCCCCACGAGGGCCAGGUUCGUAGCCUCAUCUGCUGGGCCGGCCGUCUCCAUCCCUCCCGAGGCCGGCCCCUCGCCCCAGCCCCUCACCCCAGCCUUCUCCCUCCUCUCAUCAGAAAUAGUGACGCCAGAACGGGGGGGGGGGGCAGGAGGGGACAGAGGCACGGGGAGCCCCCGGGCAGGUCCAGGGGAGCCAUUGCAGACACAACAGCGGGAGGAAGGGCGAGAGUCACCUGUCGUUCGUCCCUCCCUGGAGCCGUGGGCUCUGACCAGUUGGGUGGAAAUCGAGCCAGGCCCCAUCCUGGAAGCCGAGUGGCCGCCCACCAGCCCGAGCGUGGCCGAGCGAGCGCACGGAUGCGUGGGACGGAAAGGAUCCGCGGGACCAUCUCCCGGGGCCGCCGAGACCCGCAGGAGCUGGUGCCGAGGGAAACGAGCAGGGGAUCGGGGGACGGGGCCACAAGGCCGCACGACCAUCCCUUCUGACGCCAUUUCCAACAAUGAGACGAUUGUUCCGGCUCCUGCACGUGGAGCCCACGGCGUGCUGGAGCCACCCACAACGGCCCGGCUCGGCCUCGGCUCAGGGCAGAGACUCCCAGAGGGCGCUGGCCCGGUCCCGGGCAAGCCUCUGCUCGCCACUCCCCGAGGCCCAGGAGGUAUGCCGGGGGAGGCGGGCGGGGGACCGCAGAGAGAGGGCAUUUUGUGUGGAGGCUUGGCGCCGUCCCCUGCCCGCUCCCAGCGUCUGCCCGGGGGCGGGGGCCGCGGGCGCUCCCUCCGGAAUCGCGGGCUGGGGGCCCUUCCACGUCCCCCGGGGUCCAGGAGCGGGGACCUGCCUCGGGCUGGGGCCGAGAGCAGCAGCGGGAGGGAGGCUCCUGGCCCCGAGCACCCCGGAAAGGGGGAGGCGGCUAAGGGCCCAGCCGAGUGGGCCGGCCGGCCGGCAGGGACGGGGGCGCAGAGAGGGUCCCUGCCUGUUCUUCAGGGCCAUCUGGCGGGUGGGGGGGAGGGCCCGGCACAGCCACAGCGCUGCUGCCGCCGCCGCCCUCGGGUCAGAGGCCGGGGUCUGGCCCGGAAGCCCCUGGGCCACCUGGACAGUUUAGGCUGGUACCCCUCCCCCCAGCUCCCACUGAGGUGGAGGGGGUUUCUGGGUCAAUCACAGCAGCGCCAGCUCCACUGUUUAUUUUUAAAUGACUUUAAAAAAGCCCAGGCUCCCCCCGCCGGGGCCUGGGAGCGGAAUGUCAGGAGAACAGAGGCCCCCGCCCCCCCUCCCGAGGCUGCCCGGAUCUGGGGCUCGCAGCCUCCCUCCCGGCCCCGCCGUCGGCUCGCCCACCCAGGCUGCCCGGAGCGGGCACUCACGCUGAGACGGCUUAUCUUGGAGAGGCCGGGGGGGCCGCAGGGGUCCCGGAGACCUGCUCCCGGCCGGCACGCGCCGCGCUCGCGCCCGCCGGCCUCCGCUCGCCCCUCUGUCCUCCAGGGCUCAGCCUCCCUGCCCGACCCGGACAACUUCCCCCGCCCGACUGCCAGCCUGCGCCCCGUGCCCAGCACGUGGCUGCUCUCUCAGCCCUGCCCCAGGGGCGCGAGGCGCGGGCUGCACUCUGCCCUUUCCGGGGCCCAUGCGGGGGCUGAACGAGGAACCAAAGCUGGGGCUCCUGGAGGGGGCUCAGGCUCUCUGGCCCCUGCCCCCGGUUUCCUGCGGCCGGCCGGCAGUGGUCCCGGACCGAGCCUCGGACCCGAGCCCGGCCGGAGCUCUGAGCCUGGCUACAGCAAGCUGGGGCCCGGGGCCGAGGGUCAGCCCCAUUCCCGGGGUUUCCCCGGCCUGGGGCUGCGGGUGGGGGAGGGGGCCCUGCCUGGGAGGACGCGGGCACCCUUAGGGCGAGAAGGGCCAUGGCGCCCCCUUUCGUUCUGCCAAACCCUCUGCUUCCUGUUUUCCAGACCCCAGAGCUCUGGGCCGGGUCCUCUGGACAUCAAAAGGUCCCCGGAGGAGAGAGCCGGGGAUUGA